AUGGCAAAGGCUGCUCCCAGAGCGCAGGGCCCGCCGGCCCUCGCCACUCCGUUUGGUGCGCCCGGGGCACUGGAGCCCAUCUGCGCGGGCGGCGACCGGAAGCUGCCUGCGUCGGUGGCACGACGACUCGGCCUCCGCGCUCGCGACGAAGGCACCACUGCCCCGACGGCGGUGUCUUUGUUUGAAGGCGCGCCUCCACAUACACACAUACGGGAGGUGGAGCAACACUCACCUGAUGGCAGCUUCGCAGCUCUGCAAUCUUCCACUUCCCUUCCAACCGACGCCAACUUUAAUCAUCCAACGAGACCAGAUCUCGGAAACGCCCUCCGACCAGCUCCAGUAGUGGUUGUAAACCAACAGAAACGUAUUUUAUAUCUCCAAUCCAAGAAAUGUGAAUGUUGUUGAUUCUUAGUUGUGUACUGAACAUUCGUAAUAUUUUUAUUAGCACUAUACUUCAGGUCAGAAUAGACUGAUAUUAGCUAAUAAUGGCUGAAAAAGAAGGGGAAACAGAGAAGAAAUCUGAAGCUGCAACAGCCCCUACAAUUUCUGACCAAGAACGAGAUUGGGCACAAUCUGCACUAGCUGAUUUCUCUAAACAAAAUUUUGGUUCCUGCCUUCAAAACCUUGGGAAGCUUGAGUCAGUGAGACCCCAAGACGUCAAGGUUCAGCACAACAAAGCUGUUGCUGAAUACUACAAAAGUGAACUAAAGAAAACAGACCAGUUUAGAAAAACAAUGAACUCUGUGUGCAGUCAGGCCCGUAUAAAUAUUGAAGACUUUGAUUCUUUGGAGGAUGUUGAACACUGUGUAAUUUAUUACAAUCAAGCUGUUCUGCUAUACCACUUGAAACAGUACAACACUGCUUUGAAGAUUAUGAAUAAAAUAUUUAGUUUUGUUGAACCAAUGGAGGAAAGUCUUGCACACAGAGUAUGUCUUCUCCUUAUUGAGCUUCAUUUAUGCACUUACCAACCAGAAAAAGCGCUUACGUUAAUUGCUUACAUAGAAAAUCAGUUUGUGUCCACGGAUACUGUAAUUACUUCUGAGAAGGAUAUGAAACCCUUAGAAAAGGAACACAAAGAGAAGAAACCUGUUUCUGUUGAUGCUGCAACUGAUGCUUUUCGAGUAAAAUUGCUGCAAUACAGAGCACGAUGUUAUCUCCUUACUCAUGCCUUAAAAGCAUGCAAAAGAGAACUAUGAAAGUUUUAAGUUCUCUUUCACAGAAUAAUCUUUCUUUUAAAGACUGUGGAGAAGCACCUUCAGUUCACUUUUAUAACAAUAAUGGUUGCAUUCAUCAUUACCUUGGUAAACCAAACUUGGCAUGUUUUUAUUUACAAAAGGCAUUAUUGGAGAAUGAGAAUGCUUUAAAAAGUUUUCCCAAAGCUGAUUCAGCUGAACCCUACUCCGGGAGACCUUUGUACACCCUUGGAGCCAAUAAAAAAUAUGAACUCGUGUACAAUUUAGGAAUUGUGUUAUUACAUGCUGGAAAGGCUCAGCAAGCUUUUGAUUGUCUCACUGAAGCAGUGCAAGUGUUUCACACAAAUCCUCGAUUAUGGUUACGACUAGCUGAAUGCUGCAUUAUGGCUCACCAAUCAAAUAAUGAAUCUCACUUUGACAUCCCAGCUAGAAGAAAAGAUUUGACACAGAUAAUUAUUGGAAGUGGUUUACAUCGCAAGGUCAUAUUAACAUCACAACUUUCCAAUGAUUCCAAAUAUAAUUGUGAAGGACAGUCUUACGCCAUUCCAGUGGCAACUAUAGAGUUUGCAGGUCUUUGUUUAAGAAAUGCUUUGCUAUUGUUGCCUGAACCACAGACAGAGGAACCUGUUGUACUUAGUACUGAAGGCACAGAUGUGCCCCCUGUCCCUACACAUCCAGGAAAGUUGUAUGCUGGACCAUCCUCACCUCUCUCGUUGCAAGAAGUUGACAGCCUUCGUUGUUCUGUGCUUGCUGCUAGCGCUUAUGUGUCACUCUGUUUAGGCGACUAUAUUGUAGCAUUGGGUCAUGCCCAGGUGCUACUCACACAGUCUAAACUUUCAGGAGUUCUCAGAAUGCUAGGUCACCUUUAUUGUGCAGAAGCACUUAUUUUAAUGGACAAAAUAUCUGACGCUGUUGAUCACUUAAAUCCUGAUCUCAUUAGUGAUCUUUCAAUGAUGUGUCCUUCAUCUGACAAAGAACAAGAAAAGGAGAAGACAGACAUUGCACCCGAGGAUGUGAAACCGUUGAGAUCAUGGUAUCCUACUUCACUCCAUACUGCAAAAUCUGUAAUGUUGUAUAACUUAGCAGUUGCAUUUGCUAUACGUGGAGAAUUAGACAAAGCAGGGGAAACUUUGAAGCAGGUUUGGGCAAAUAGAAAUAAUGUUCGUGAUGUGCCCAUUCAUGUGAUAAUGCUAUUUUUGUACAUUGAACUUCAAUUAGGACAUGCUGAAGUGGCCAGGACAAUGUUAAUGCAGUACAGAUGAUAGAAGUAUUAAAUGAAGUAAGAAUGUAAUUAAUUUGCUACUCAGACCAACAGUAUUUUGCAUCAUAAUCAAGAACUUUUGUAUGUCUCGUCUUGCAGAGGGAACCAACGAGGUUUUUCAGCCAAUUUUUGUAUAAGAAUAUAAAAAAUAGUGACAUGUUCUUUAAUAUUAUGUUAAUACUAUCUUGGAAAUGAUGGGUGUAUUGUAAAGGUGUCUAUCAUCAUAUGACUCAAAAUUUUCUGACACAAUUUGUUUGAUUAAUUUUCAUUUAAUAAGUUUCCGACCAUUUUGUUAAAAUAUGUGACUUCAAUUUGUGCACUUCUCAAUAUGAACAAAACUUUUUUUUUCCCUUUCUUUCUUUCUUUUUUUCUUCCUUCCUUCCUUUUCCCCACUUUUUCCGUUUUCUUCGUUUUUUGAAUAUUCAAAAACCAAUUCCUCAUUAACAUUAUAUGCCGAGGGGAAAUUCGUAUGUAACAAAAUAAAAGGAAAGUAUAUCAAUAAAAAAUGUUGGCAAAUGUUUUUUCCUGAAUUGACUAGAGCUUAUAGAUUAAAUUUGAUGUGUUUUAUUUGACUUGGGGUAAAGGUUAUAAAGGCAACUGUAAUUGAUGUACAGAAAGUAAAAUGAAAAUAAAUAAUAUAUUGAUUCAUGUUA